AUGUCAAGGCCGUGCCCACCCCCCAAUUGGCGCGACCCCGCCUCCGCCGCCCCGCGCCACCACGAAGCUCUCCUUCUUUUACCCGGAGCUGCGGUUUCGUCCUUUACAGCCCUGAAAGCUGCCUACGAGCCCGCGUUUUCCACCAGCCUAUCGGAACUAUGGGCCUCCGUGAAGGGAACGAAACGCUCGGCCGUCCUGGACAUCGCCGUCGCGGUCUCCGGCCUUGUUCCCUCGGAUGCUAGGCAGAGAAACAGGGUGUUUGAUCAUCUUCAACGCCUGCUGGCCGAUGUUUAUAAGCUUGUGGGACUUGUUAGUGUGAAACGGCACAUCGAGCUGGACGGCCCUGGCGGCGUGGACGCCAGAGUCUUUUUCGUAGACCGCACCAAACCAAUUGGGUCGCGGGCUGCCGGUUCGCCUCAGAUUGGGCCUGUUGUUAGCCUUGCCUCUCUGGCAGCUUCAAGACGUGCCUGGAAGGUUAUCUACUCGGUUGAUUCGCCCCAGGGUGACGACUUCUUGCGGGAAAUGCGCCAGGCAGUGGACCAGGAAACCGGAUUGGGGGCUCAACUGAAUAUACAGAGAUUGCCUGGCACGAAUGAUGGACACCCACCAGGCCUGGAAAUCGAGGAGUCUACCUCGCAUUCCACGCCACACUACCAUGUUGCUGUUGGUGGCACGUUUGACCAUUUACACACCGGGCACAAGCUGCUCCUUACAGCUACACUCCUCGCCCUGGAUCCCUAUGUGGGCCAGUUUCCAAGCCCGAUGAGAGUGAUGACGAUUGGGAUCACAGGAGACGAGAUGUUAGUGAACAAGCAAUACUCAGAGUUCUUGGAGUCCUGGGUAGAGAGAUGGAACGGCGUUUGGGAGUUUCUCCAGUCAAUUAUAGACUUCUUCCCUCCAGGGACUCCCAAGCAGAUCUACAUGGAUUACAGUGCCACUUCUAAAACCAAAGGUGCAACCGCUUUGAUCGGUGAAAGUGAAAGUUUAAAACUCAGAGCCGUGCCGAUCGCUGACCCGUUCGGUCCGACUAUCACGGAUCAAGAUAUCACUGCUUUGGUCGUCUCGAAAGAAACGCGGUCGGGCGGGAAGUCUGUCAACGACGAACGCGCGAAAAAGGGCUGGGAGACGCUGGAGGUCUUUGAAGUCGACGUUUUAGAUUUGAGUGAACCAGAAGCGGCAAAGAGCAAUGCAUCUAUGGAGACUUUUGAGUCAAAGAUCAGCAGUACAGAAAUUCGAAAGCGUCGAAUGAAUUUAGCAAAGGGCAGUCCUAGUCUUUGA